UCAGGUUAGGUAAGCAUUUAGACUACAGUUCUGCCUCUAGUAACUUUACUUUUGGUUUGCCUUCCAAAUCCAGGUCUCCACAGCUGAAGUUGUGGCCCCAAAGGCGUCCAGCCUUGGCCAACCAUCUGCCCCUGAGGUCAUAGACCACACUCCCAUGUCUUGCCUCUGCUUGCUUUGGGACAGACUCUGUAUAGCCACCAGGCUACCACCCUGGAGGUGAACGCCAUGCUCGGACCUUAGUAUUCCCCAUGAUGCCUCAGCCUAGUUUCUCUUCCCACUUGGACACGAUGUUUGCCAAUUCUUCAGCCAACGCCUCUUCUACCAACAGCUCUGUGCCCCAGUGCCGUGACUAUCGGGGUACACAUCGUCUGCAUAUGGUGGUCUACAGCCUGGUCUUGGCGACUGGUCUCCCUCUCAAUGCUCUGGCUCUCUGGGUCUUUGUGCGUGUGCUGCGUGUAAACUCGGUGGUGAGCGUGUACAUGUGCAACCUGGCAGCCAGCGAUCUGCUCUUCACCCUGUCACUGCCCCUGCGCCUCUCCUACUACGCACGGCACCACUGGCCCUUCCCGGACUUCCUGUGCCAGACGUCGGGCGCCAUCUUCCAGAUGAACAUGUACGGCAGCUGUAUCUUUCUGAUGCUCAUCAACGUGGACCGCUACGCGGCCAUCGUGCACCCGCUGCGACUGCGCCACCUGCGGCGGCCCCGCGUGGCGCGGCGGCUCUGCCUGGGCGUCUGGGCGCUCAUCCUGCUGUUCGCCGUGCCCGCCGUCCGCGUGCACAGCCCGUCCACCUGCAAGCACGAGAACAUCACCGUGAGCCUGUGCUUCGAGAGCUUCAGCGAUGAGCUGUGGAAGGGCGGGCUGCUGCCGCUCCUACUGCUGGCCGAGACCCUGGGCUUUCUGCUGCCCUUGGCCGCUGUCGUCUAUUCGUCGGGCCGGGUCUUCUGGACGUUGGCGAGGCCCGACGCCACCCAGAGCCAGCGGCGACAGAAGACCGUGCGCCUCCUGCUGAUCAAUCUCGUCAUCUUCCUGCUGUGCUUCGUGCCCUACAACGCCACGCUGGCAGUGUAUGGGUUGCUGCGAGCCGACCUGGUGAAAUCCAGCCCUCAGGCCCGCGAUCAGGUGCGCGGUGUGCUGAUGGUGAUGGUGCUGCUGGCCGGCGCCAACUGCGUGCUGGAUCCGCUGGUGUACUACUUCAGUGCUGAGGGUUUCCGAAACACCCUUCGCAACCUGGGCACCCCGCUCCAUACCAGGCCUUUGGCUACCAAUGGGGCUAGAGGGGUGCUCACCGAACCACCCUCAGAAACCACCCAAAACACUGGGCUGGAUGCCACCAGUCAGGGUCUACUCCAGCCCGCCAAUCUGGGAACGCCCGUCAUCCAGUGCACCCAGGAUUCAGCCCUCUGAAAGGACGCAGUGUCCUAGCGUAGGCUUGGGCCACCCUCAAAGGCUUAGGGUGUCCAUUUGAGGGAGGUGGGCUGGGAACUUGGACUUUGAAGCCAUCCCAGUCCCAGUGUGCAGAAGAAAGCAAGCGUGUAAGCAGGGGUAGAGGAGAUAGAGUGCUGCCGGUGAGAGCCAUGGGCUCGGGCUUUUAUGCAGAGGACCCUGCUCCAGUA